AUGUCCAGGACACUCCCCAACCAAUAUAAGGGGGAUACCAGAGGACGCAAAGCCACCCAGUGGCUGGACUGCAUGUUACUUUGGGUAGCUCUCCAUUGCAACCAGUUUGAUGAGGAGGAGCAGAUGGUGGUAUGGAUAUUAUACCACAUGGAAGACAAGGCUGCCAACUGGGCCCUCCCCAUCAUUGGCACCAUCAUUAAGGGCAAGCCCAAUGCCCCCACCACCAUUCCUACUAUGACAGCCUGGUUCAAAGAGGCCUUUGCCAAUCCCAACACCAAACAGGCAGCAGCGCAAAAGAUUGCUGCCCUCACCCAGACUGCCUCCACAGCAGAAAGAUCAAGUAGACCUGUAUCCUCUAAUAGGACCCCUUGGGACACAAGACUUUCAAGAGAAGAUAGUCCCAGCAACCCUUUUGGACCUACUAGGUACUCUAUUGAGCAAUCCUCUCCUGAGGAGCUAGUGAUUCCCCAACCUAUCCAACCCUAUGAAUCACCCAUCAAGCCACAUGCUUCCAUGCCAGCCUUGGAAGACCCUCAAGCAGGACCUAGUAGCUCAAGAAGAAUAUCACCCCACUCUCAUAAGUCAUCAUCCAGACACUCUCCAAGAUUGUCUCCUUUGGAAUAUGAAGCUAUUCAGGAAGCAGACAAGCUAGCUAAGCCAAGUUCUUCUAUAAGGAAACCUUCAUCUUUUGGUAAUAAGGCUAGCUCAGCUACCUUCCAGAGAAUGAUACCUGUAUUUGGACUCCCUGAUAUAGAGAUGUUGGAACCUUCCUCUAGUAAACCUCAGCCCUCUGAGCCUAUGAACUCUCAUGAGCUUAAGAGAUCUAAAGGAAAGACUUCUGAAGCCCACAUAUCUAAGCAUAGGGAAACUCAAGCUGCCUUACUGGAUCCUAAUGAUAGGUCUUUUACUAAUGACCCAGCAAUCCAGAAGUACCUACCCUAUUCUCCUUCCACUACCUUAUACCCUUUAAAUGAAGAAUCUCCAGGAGAAUUCAACUAUCAGCCUGACUGUACCCAAAUGACCUCUUGGUGCAGGAAGAACCCUCAAGCUAAUAGUUUUAGGAAAGUCUACAGGCAGCUAGGAAGAGUAUUCUAUCAUGUGGAGAUACCUCCAGCCCAUGAGAAUUGCUACCCCUCACCUUCUUGUGAGCAAUGGGCUUCUCACUACUUCAAACUACUAGAUACUGUAGUAACCUUUAGACCUACAUGUUGCAUUACUACCAAGUUAGUUCCUGCUCAAGAAAUCAACCAUUGGCCUGAAUAUGGUAAGUUACACAUAGACCUGAAUAAACUAAUCAAGAGAACUGUUCAGAGCGUCUAUGACAUGGAAGAGCUAUUGCCUAUUCCAGAAUGGCCAGAACAUGACUGUUUAUUCACCUCUCAUUCCUUUGAGGUAGCUGCUGUCACUUAUAGGGAUCAGAUGGAGCGUUUCAUUCAAAAGCUAUAUGAGAUCCUUGGUAGACAACUUCAGACUGGACCACCUUCCCCAGUCAUCUCAGCAGGACAUCUCAGUGAGGUAGAACCUGGACAAGAACACCUUAGGGAUAGGACUCUACAACUCAAGCAAGAUAUGACCCUUUUAGUGCCCAAAGGUUCUAGAGCCUCUUCUGUCACUCCACAGGAGGCGGCUCAAGAAAACUUACUAAGGAGUCUUAUCAAACCCACUAGUCAAGUUACUAUUGCUAGUCCUUUACUUCCAGAUCCUCAAGUUUCUCCUCCAACUGUAACCCUGCACACCUCCAGUAGCACUCCUCCAGGACAACCUCCUAGUAGUCUUCAUUCAUCCAAAGCCUCUCUUACUGUUACUAUGCAACCUAGGUAUUUAGGACCUGAUAAUGGAACCACACUUAUCCCCUCAGAACCUUUACCAUCACCUCCUAGCUCUAUUGCUACUUCUUCCUCUAGAUCUAUACCCUUAGGAAGAAUACCAGAAGAGUCACCCCAUGUAACAUUACAAGUCCCACCUACCUUAGAAAGGACUGAGAGACUUAGGAGAGAAGCUGCUAGAUCUCUAGGACCUAGACCACCUACUCCUAGACCCACUAUAGUCCCUUCCACUAGUUCAGAAGAAACCUUACCAUCAUCACCUAGAGGUAAUGCAAGUGUUCCUAUUGCCCAACCUUCAGCUAUACCUCCUUUCAAUAUACAAGCCCUUGAAAACUACAUCAACAAUCUUUCAGAUGGAAGUAUAGAUGGCUUAAGUUCUUCUGAAUCAUCAACUGGAAGAGACCAAGUAGCCCCAGAACUAAUAGCCCCAGCUACUCCUGCUGAUUCUAUUACUUCUGUCUCAAGUGCUGCUACUCAUACCAUGCAAAUCCCAGUAGCACAGUCUACUCCCAGGAUUAGGAGCCAAGUAGAAGAGGAUAAUGUUAGGAAUAUACCUUAUAAUCCACCUUUAAGCAACGCUGCUAGAAGAGUUAGCCUUGCAGGCCCAAGUAUUCCUCUUAGAGAUCCACCUCCACAUGCUGACUUUAUUAAUUGCAGAUCUUCCUUGGGAGCAAAUUGGCGAUCCUCAGGAAGACCAGCUAUACCAGCUGAAUCCUUUACCAGAGUAUCUACAAUCCCAGAAGAGCGCUCCUCUAGACUAGCUGAAAGUGCCCACAGGAGACCUACCUCCUCUCCUGAAUCAAGAAGAACUCCUCUAAGUAUCCAUACCAAUUUACCUUACUUACAGGAGCAGCCAGCACCAGUUACUAGAGAAGAAGCUAAUAUGAGUAGGAGAGGAAACUUCUUAGCCCCUCUACUAGCACCUGUCCCACAACUUCAAGUACCUCCAGCACCACCCAUUGAUAGGACUAGGUUACCUCCUCAUAUUGUAGGACGUAUGGUCUCCUCUAGAAGGUUUAGUGAGCUGUUUAAUGAUCCACCUCCUAGGGACCAACUUAGAGAUAGACUAGCUCCCUUAGCUGAAGGAGGAGGAGGAAAUGACCCACCAUAUGAUAGCAAUGAGGGAGAUUUUGAUAACUCUGGUAAGAGAAGGAACAACCCACCUAGAAGGAAUGGAGGAGGACCUCCCAAUGACCCAGAAGAUCCAGGAAAUGAACCAUAUGCUCAAGCAAAUGCAGCUAGAGCUAGACCUUUCAAUCCAGCUCCUGUACAUUUUGAUACUAAGCUGAAACCUGACAUAAUCCCAGAGUGGGAUGGAGACACUAAGAAGCUGUCGCGCUGGAUGACAUCCAUCAACAACAUAGCUGAGUAUAGUAGCUACACCAGAAUUCAGCUUGGACAGCAGAUUCCUCUCAGGUUCACAGGAAGAGCUCUUAGAUGGUUCAAUGCAUUAGAUAAGGACUAUAGGCAAAUUAUAACUGAAGACUGGCCAGCACUUAGGCAAGCUAUCACUAUCCACUUCAUGAAUAGGACCUUCCUGAACAGAAGCAAGAAUGAAGCCAUGCGCAUCAGGUUCAGGGAUAAAGAUCAUUCAGAAGAGACCCCAGAAGACUAUGUCAUCAGGAAGAUGGAAGCUCUCACUAUUGUCAGUGACUGGACUGACUCUGAAUUAAUCUUUGAAAUCAUGAAUGGUGCUCCUAAGUCCUGGACCACGCAUAUAGACACCUCAAGAAUAGUCACUUGGGAAGACUUCCUUGACAAGAUUGCAUGGCAUGAGGAGGACCUUUUGGGAAAAGAUUCUUCUCAUAACUCUGACAUACAGCGUCAACUACACCAGAUGCAAUCUACUCUCAAGAGACUAGAAGGAAACAGGCACUCUAGGCCAAGUGCGCGCUCACACUUAGCAGGAUCUAAACCAGUAGGAUGGCAUCAAAAUAAUCCUCCACCAAAAUACCCUAAGGAUGACUCUACAGUAUCUAAAGGUAAAACUCCUAAAGACAAGAAAGCUAGACCUUGUAGACACUGUGGAAGUAUGAUGCACUGGGAUAGAGACUGUAAGCAUGCCAAGAAGAACUCCAGAUUUGUGCGAUCACAUAUGGCACAAGCAGAUGAUGAUGAAUGGGAAGCUCAGGAAGCUUAUGAAGAUCUCUGUGAUGAAGCCUACCUUGAUGAAACAGAAUAUGACACUGAAGGAGAAGAGUCUGUUUCUGAGGAAGAGCAGGAUUUUCAUAAGCCCCUUCAGUCAUUAGCUGUCUCUACCUCCAGCGCUAAGCCCAGCUCUGGAUCCCAGGAGGAACAGCAUGGUCUGGAGGGGACCACUGUCAGCCAGGGUACUAACUCUGCUGACCAGGGCAGUAAGGAAUCUGAUUCAUCUGUAUUUUCUGGAUAUGUACAACCCAAGCUCCCCACUAGGAAGAGCCUUAAUAAGAAACUGAAAAUGGCUAGUAGUCAUACAGCUAUUGCCAAAAUUGGAGAAGAAAUCACUCUCAAGCGAUUAAUGUCAAGACCACCAGGAACUGCUUUCUUUGGAUCCAAAGCCACCAUCAUCAAAGGUUGGCUUCAGACAAGUAAUGGACCUAAGAAGCGCAUCACCUUUGACUCAGGAUCAGAGAUCACUCUCAUUAAUGAGUCAAUACUUAAAACUCUAGAUCCAUCACCUAGAGUGCGCAUUGGACAAAAACUCAAGUUAAUUCAAGUUACUGGGAAUAGUAGCCUAUCACAGUAUAUUUCCCUUCCUAUCAUCUUUGAUACUGAACAAGGAUUAGUUAAAAUGAUUGUAGAAGCCUAUAUAGUUCCUAACAUGAACACACCCUUUAUCCUAGGAACAGACUUUGCGUCUCAGUAUCAACUGUCAUUAGUUAGGAAUGGAGAAGGAACAAGGAUAGUUUUUGGGGAUACAGGACGUUCUAUUCCUGUGGAAGAAUCAGAUUCCAGCCCAAGAAUUGACCAACAAGGUAAUACUUUUAUGGUUGAAGUUGCGCAAGGAUUCAUCAAGAAUUCUGAGAAAAUCAAGAUCUCUAAGAAAGCCUACAAGAAGCGACUUCAACAUAGGAAAUUACCUCCCAAUACUGUCAAAGUAAAAGUCUAUGAGACAGUUACUAUCCCAGCGCAUACCAUCAAGCUCAUCAAAGUCAAGACAAUAUGGAAGGAAGGUCAAGCCUCUGACUGCCUGAUAGAUAGGAACAAUCCUAAGAUUCAGGUUUCUAACCUAUCAGAACAUCCUUUAAGAUUGCAAGGAGGAGAAAUUCUUGGAUAUAUGCAUGAUCCCAAUGAAUACCUUGCAAAGGAAAAGGACAUUACUAAGGAAGAAAAAGACAGCAUUAUCAAGUAUGCUACCUUAGUACAAGCCAUGGUGCAGAGGAAAGCUGAAGAAAAGCCUACUGCACAAGAAGAGGAAUUAAUGAAGUCGCCUGAAGGAGGACCCAAGACUGCUGAAGUACCUGACCCAGAACCUGUCCCUUCAGAUAGAUUCCUUCAAGAAGUUAAUUUCUCAGAACAUCUCACUCCUAAUCAAAGGGCUAAACUAGAAAAAGUCUUGCGCAAGCAUGAGUUAGCCUUUGGAUUAGAUGGUAGACUUGGUACUCAUAACACUCAACUGGAAAUUAGACUAAGGCCAGGAACUAAAGAAAUAUCUCUAACCCCUUACCAUGCUUCUCCAGCUAAAAGAGAAGUCAUUGACAAACAGAUUGAAGAAUGGCUUAAACUUGGAGUCAUUGAGCCAUCCAAGAGUGCUUGGGGAUUUCCUGUCAUAGUAGUCUAUUGCAACAAUAAACCCAGAUUAUGUGUGGAUUAUAGACGUCUCAAUGAAGUAGCUGUACCAGAUGAGUAUCCCUUACCAAAACAAACUGACAUCUUGCAUGCCUUGGAAGGAUCUCAAUGGCUUACUACCUUAGAUGCGCUAGCUGGUUUCACUCAGCUAACCAUUAAGGAAGAAGACAGAGAGAAACUUGCUUUCAGAUGCCACAACGGCCAUUGGCAACCUACCAAACUACUCUUUGGAUAUAGGAAUGGACCAGCAGAGUUCCAGCGUGUCAUGAAUAGGAUACUUUCAAGAUUUCUAUGGCAAUUUGCCCUAGUAUAUAUUGAUGACAUAGUGAUCUAUAGUGUUGAGUUUGAAGACCAUUGCAAUCACUUAGAUCAAGUCUUAGGAGCUAUUGAAGAAGCUGAAAUCACCCUAUCUCCAAAGAAAUGUCACAUUGGAUACCAAUCACUACUAUUGCUAGGACAGAAGGUAUCAAGAUUAGGUCUAUCAACCCACAAGGAAAAAGUUGAUGCUAUCUUAGAGUUGGAACCCCCUAAAAAUGUUCCUACCUUACAGACUUUCCUAGGAGUGAUGACUUAUUUCUCUAGCUAUAUUCCCUUCUACUCAUGGAUUGUAGCGCCUUUGUUCAAGCUUCUCAAGAAAGGAACAGCUUGGUCUUGGGAGGAAAAGGAACAACAAGCGUUUGAACUUGCUAAAGAGGCCCUUGCAUCUGCUCCAGUAAUGGCUUAUCCUAUUAUUGGAAAACCAUACAGAUUAUAUACAGAUGCAUGCGACUAUGGCCUUGGAGGAAUAUUACAGCAAGUCCAAUCCAUCAAGAUAAAAGACCUAAAGGGGACAAAGGCAUACAAGUACUUAAGGGGGGAAUAUGACAAAGGAAACCCAGUUCCCAGAAUGACAAUUCCUGCUUCCAAGCAGAGAGACAACGUGACUGGGGGGGAUACAUGGGAUAAGCAAGACUUUGAAGAAACAACUGUACAAGUGGAGCAAGUCAUUGCUUAUUGGUCAAGGAUUCUAAAAGAAGCAGAAAGAAACUACUCCCCAACAGAGCGCAAAGCAUUAGCCCUCAAGGAAGCACUUGUGAAAUUUCAGGUAUACUUGGAAGGAGCUGAAUUUGUUGCUAUCACAGAUCACGCCGCUCUCACCUGGAGCAAGACUUACAAUAAUGUCAACAGAAGACUCAUGACAUGGGGCUUAGUAUUCUCAGCCUACCCAGGAAUGCAGAUUGUGCACCGCGCAGGAAGAGUACAUGACAAUGCAGAUCCUAUCUCAAGACUUAGGAGGAGAACCCCAUAUCAUACCAGCCCUCUGGCAGAUCAAUCGACUCCACUCAAGCUCAAUAUGGAGGAAGACCCAUUAAGAAACCUCUACAAGGAGAUAAAUGAACGUUUUGAAGAGAAACUUCUUAGAGUUGCAAGCGCAUUCACCCAGAGUUACAAAAUUGGAAAUAGCCAGAAGCCCAUCAAGAAGUGGAUACCCACACCGGCAGAAGCUAUAUCUUAUCAAACAACUACCUCAUACUCUGUGGAAAUAUCAAUAAACUCAGAAGAAAUCACAAGGUUCAUAGAAGCAUACAAGAAGGACUCCCAUUUCAAGCAAGUGAUGGAAGAGUUCAAGUCGCACCACAAUCCACUCAAUCCACCCUUCCAUCAAUACCAGAUAGGAGAUAAUGGAUUGAUCUACUUUAUAGAUUCCCAGGAAAAGUAUUGGCUAUGUGUACCUAGGGAUCUACAAGUAGAUAUUUUGAAGGAAAAUCAUGAUAACCUCAAUCAAGGAGCACAUGCUGGUUAUGCUAAGACAUAUCAUCAAAUUGCUUCUGCUUACUAUUGGCCUAAGAUGGCUAGAAGCAUUCAGAAAGGAUUCCUUCAACCUUUACCUAUUCCACAGCAACCCUUUGAAGUAGUAUCAAUGGACUUCAUCAUGGAUCUUCCACUAAGUAACAACUACAACGCUAUCCUAGUUAUUGUGGACAAACUAACUAAGUAUGGACAUUUCAUCCCAUGUACUACUCAGAUAGAUGAAGUACAAACAGCGCAACUGUUCCAUGAUCACAUAUGGUGUCACUAUGGUUUACCUCGGCAAGUAAUCACUGAUAGAGAUGCUAGAUGGACAGGAGCCUUUUGGGGUCACUUAGUUAGUAUGUUAAGAAUUUGGCAAGCACUCACCACUGCACAUCAUCCUCAGAGUGAUGGACAAACAGAAAUACUUAAUCAAACUACAGAAGUGGCUAUUAGAGUAUUCACUAACCCAGCUAAGGACAAUUGGAGUAAGCUUCUAUCAGGAUUUGCGCACUCAUACAAUACAAGUGUGCAUACAUCCACACAACAGACACCAGCCUUCCUACUCCGCAGAUUCCAGCCUCUAACAUCAGCCAACUUACUGGCUCUCACUUCUGAGAACAUUCCAAGACCAGCCCAAGAAAGUCAAACAGCUGAAGAAUUCAAAGAAUCCAUGGAAUUAGCACAAUCAUUAGCUAAGGACGCUCUCAAAGUAGCUCAGAAUUAUCAACAGAAAUACUAUAAUUCUGACAAGACACAUGUUACCUUUGAGCCAGGAGAUUUAGUCUUAAUCAAUCCCCAUUCCUUAAACUUACUCAAACAUCAGUCAGGGAAAGGGAAUAAGCUAAAUAUGCGUUAUGAAGGACCAUUUGAAGUCAUGGAAAGCAUAUCACCAGUAGCAUAUAGGAUAAGAUUACCUGCUAGCUAUCGCAUACACCCAAUCAUUAACAUAGCACACUUGGAAUCUUACAAGGCAUCACCCCCAGAGUUUGGAAGCCGACCCACUCAGAAUAUACCUAGAGAAGACUUCCAACAGAUGCCUGAAUAUGAGGUGGAAAGGAUAGUAGAAGAAAGGACAAUAAAGAAAGGCAACAAGAGAAUUAGGCAGUACAAAAUCUGUUGGCUUGGGUACAGCUCAGAACAUGAUAGAUGGAGGACAGAGAAAGAAUUAAGGAAUGCUCCAGAAGUAAUCAAAGAAUGGAAGCGAACCUCUGGCUCCACUAUCCAUCACAAUCACAGGAAGAAGAAGGAGUUCUAA